CCACACGCCACCGCCGGUCCGCCGGUGCCCGGUGGCGGCGCGCCCAUGCGCUGCCUCGACACGACGCCCGCGCCUUCCGACCCAGUGCCAGCUUUGCCGCCAGCAUCCACUCCUCGAGCGAGCCCUUCGACCCCUCGGUACUGACGACCGUCGUCGGAUGGAACCCGGAGUGCGCCGAUUCGCAUCAAGCGGCGGGAGCUAGCUCAGACAUGGGAAGUGAGCACUAUUGCCUGAGGUGGAACAAUCAUCAGAGCAACCUGCUGGGAGUAUUCAGCCAGUUGCUGCACGACGAGAGUUUGGUGGACGUCACGCUCGCGUGUUCCGAAGGUGCCUCCAUACGGGCUCAUAAGGUAGUACUGUCUGCGUGCUCAUCGUACUUCCGAUCGCUGUUUGUAGACCAUCCGUCGCGUCAUCCUAUCGUGAUCCUGAAGGACGUCGGCUUGGAGGAACUACGCACGCUCGUCGACUUCAUGUACAAGGGCGAGGUUAACGUCCAGUACUGUCAACUGCCAGCUCUCCUUAAGACUGCUGAAAGCCUUCAGGUGAAAGGAUUAGCUGAAAUGACCACUUUAAGCGCAGCGGGCAUCGACACGCGAAACGUACAAGAACCGAUGGAGGAGAGUCAACCCCAAGACAUGCGAGAAUGCACGGAACCGCAUGAGAGGUUAGAGGAUAGAGAAAUACGAGAAAAAGAAGAAAGGCGGGAAUCCAAAGAAUUGCGCGAGAGAGAAUGCAAAGAAUCCCGUGACGGCAGGGAGAUUCACAUGAGGGAGAAUAGAGAAGGACGGGACUUACAAAGAGAUAGAGAACAACGAGAACGUGAGCGUGAGCUAAGAGAACCACGUGACCUACGAGAUUUAAGAGAAACUCGGGACUUACGGGAAUCUAGGGAACUAAGAGAUUCCCGAGAAAACCGUGAGCCGCGUGACUUAAGGGAUAUACGUGACCCAAGAGAUCUUCGGGACACGCGGGAUCCGCGAGAUCCGCGAGAAGUUACAGAUGCCUCACCUCCUAGAAUAUCUCCUUUAUUAUCGGUUCGUAGAUUUAGGUCAGAAACAUCAAUCGAAGCGCCAACACCAAUACAUCCGUCAAUACCGAAAGACGAACCACCGGACGAGCCAAUACGUCCACCCUCUACCGAAGAUGACACAAUAUCCAUCCGAUCGAAUGGUGAUAAUAUAGGUAUUAAUAUGACGAUUAACAGUCACAGUAGCGGCAGUGCGCUUGGGCCACGCUAUUCGCCUGUGGAACAAAGACUGAGUGUUCUGAACGCCUUGCCACAUCCUGGGCUUCCCCAUCCCUCGCACGCAUCGCUGCCAAGUCCAAGAAAUGAACCCAUUGCUGGUCCAUCAGGGUUGCCACCAGUUCAACAAGUGCCACUAUCCCUGAAAAAGGAAAUAGAUUGGGAUCGGAGUAAUGAAGACAAGUUAGGUGAAGCAUCAACGGAAUACCGGAUGCCACAUGAAACGAUGUGUUUGGACAUGACCUGCGGGUCGCCCAGCAUUCCGAGCCCAAUCCCGCCUCGGAGCCCUACGGCGCUGCCUCUGUGGUCGCCGCUGCUGGCGCUGCAGGCCUGCCGCUUGCGCCGCUACCUCAGCGACGACUGCAUGGCGUACCAGAGCCGGCAUCUGCUUCACGCCGAGCGGCGCCGUUGCGGCGUCUGCCUCGCCUCUUUCCCUUCUGCCUGGCUACUCGAGCGUCACGCCGCGCUGCAGCACGCCUCGCAGGCCGCCUGCGACGACAAGCCCUUCGUGUGCGAGCAGUGCGGCCAGAGCUACAGGUAUAGAUCCGCGUACGUCAAACACAGGGAGCAAAACCACCGAGCGCGGCUGCCCGCCGACAAGCUGUUCACCUGCGACGUCUGCGGCAUGCAGUUUCGAUACCUGAAGUCGUUCAAAAAACAUCGCCUUAACCAUACCUUGGAAAGACUUCACACAAAAAAUACGGAGCCCGUCGAGGGUAUUGAUCAGGUAACCAGCACCAACGAGGUCUUCGGCCGGUGCGGGGAAAUGGAUCUGUCGAUAAAGACGAGAAAUCGACCCGAAGCGAACCGAACACCGCCCAUCGAGGUGAUCGGCGACGCCGAGCAAGAUAGCACCGUCGACUCUAACGGGCCGACCGACUCCAUCGUAACGGUCGAUGACUCCACCGAUUGCAGAAAUUCGAGCGCAGAGAGCGAAAACAAAAGGGACGCCGAUACGCCCGUGAGCGAAAGGAGACGCGUGCCCGUGUCGUUCGCUAGCAUCAGCUCGAUGGCGGACAGCUCCGAGAGCGAGUCGCGCACGGAUAGCAACAGGCUGGAGAGCUCGAGCUCGCACUCCGGCAUCCUCGGCUUCUUGCAGAACGACGAGCGGCAGCGAGACCGUGAACGGCGGUUCGCAUGCCCCUUCUGCGGCAAAUGCGUGCGCUCCAAGGAGAAUCUGAAGCUGCACGUGCGCAAGCACACGGGCGAGCGGCCAUUCGUGUGCCUGUUCUGCGGACGCGCGUUCGGUGGCAAGAGCGACCUGACGCGGCACUUGCGCAUUCACACGGGCGAGCGGCCGUACCACUGCGAGGCUUGCGGGAAGUGCUUCGCGCGCGCCGACUACCUCUCAAAGCACCUAACCACGCACGUGCACAACGCCCGCUAACUUCUCUCUCCUCCCGCUAGCGCCGUCCCCUUUUCCAUCUUUUCAUACCUCUAUAGUUAAUGACCGAGUCAUACUAUUGUAA